CACAAACACACGGCUGUUGCGCUCUUUCCCUCUCUGUAAGGUUGUCGUAUGUUCCAAUACAAUAGUCGCCUACUCGGCUACGCCACUUGCAUACGCUAUUAACGUUGGCUGGAUCUGAGAAUGUAGAUGGGAAAAACAUUCUAAUUACAUUUUGGAGAAUACUAGGGCGACUCGACACUAUUUCAAGAUAGUCAACGGUGUACUGUUCUCACACGCGUAACACAAUGGAUCUCUCAUUUAUGGCUGCGCAGUCUGUCAUGGCGGGGGCCUUCAUGGACUCGUCACCCAACGAUGACUACAGCACGGACCACUCCCUCUUCAACUCCUCAGCCAGCGUCCACGCGGCCUCCAUGGCAGCCCAUGACCAGCCGGAGAGGGAGCCCAUGUCCCGCGACGCCAUCUGGCUUUGGAUUGCCAUCACCGCCACCAUUGGGAACAUUGUGGUUGUGGGAGUGGUGUACGCCUUCACUUUCUGAGUGGUGGGAGCCAUGAUAAAGUGUUGCCAGCAGGAGGAAGUUGCUGCACAAGAUAUUUGAACAUAAGCUCAGAAAUUUGAGAGCGACAUAAUCUCAGAACUCCACAGCAGCCAAUUACCACUCUGAAAGGCUACACUGAUACAGAGGAGUGAAUGAUUAUUGCAGUGACAUCUUGUCCAUGCUUUUGAAAGACAAGGGACAAAUACAAAUACAGAAUUGAGUAUGUGUAAUAUGUUGGUAAUUUUACUGCAGCCAAAGGUUAAAAAAAUGAAAUAUUUUGUACAUAAGUUCUGUUGAUUUUACGUAAAAAUGUUAACAUUUCUGAUGAAGCUUUAAAUAUUGAACGAAUUCUAGAAAAUAGUAUACAGUGUUGUAUAGUCAACUCUGAAUAACCUCUGAGCUAAUUGGUCAAUUCUGAAAUCACCUAAAGGACGUACAAUAUUCCUACAAAACCUUUGUAACAUGCCAAUCGAAGCGUUUGGAGAUCAUUGUAUGGAAAGUAACACUGAUAUGUUUUUAUCUUCAAAGCAUUAUCUUCAAAGCAUUACUCCACAGAGGUCACUGUAUUCUAAAGACAUCUGCCCAAAGUUAGGAGUUUAUGACAAACAUUCUAGAAACAGAAUGCCUAAUGAUCUUAGAUUUAUUUACUUACCCCAUGAAAAUAUAGUUCACCUGACACUAUCGGCGUUGGAUCAAGUAAAUCUAGUUCUCCCAUUUCCUUCCUAAGUGAGCCUUGAGUGCUGAAUAGACAAUCCUUUCCGAGCAAAUUCAUAUCAAAUAAAGUAUGGGUACACUAAAACUAUUUCCCUUAAACACCCCUAUCAGACCUCAAAUCCACAUGAACGGGAUGUACCAUUUACAGAACUUGAUGUUCACUGUGACCACGCUUGUUAUGUUUGUUUCCAUUCUGUAUAGCAAUCCACUUUUCACAGAUAUUUACAUGUGGAAACCAGAUUUAUCACGCUUAGAACUCACUUGGAUCCAAGCCUCUUGAUGUGACUGCUGUAACCAUUUACCAUUUUUAUGUCGGUUUGAAUGUAUAUUUGGAUAUAAGAUUAUCUUUCUUCCUCUUUACAGUUGCUCAACACAUUGUAACCCAAACUGCAUUCCAAGCCAAAUACUCAACAAAAGUAUAAACGCAACAUGUAAAGUGUUGGUCCCAUGUUUCAUUUGUUGAAAUAAAAGAUUCCAGAAAUGUUCCAUAUACACAAAAAGCUUCUUCCUCUCCAAUUUUGUGCACAUUUUUCUUACAUCCCUGCUCGUGAGCAUUUCUCCUUUGCCAAGAUAAUCCAUCCACCUGACAGGUGUUGCAUAUCAAGAAGCUAAUUUAACAGCAUGAUAAUUACACAUGUGCACCUUGUGCUGGGGACAAUAAAAGGCCACUCUAAAAUGUGCAGUUUUGUCACACAACAUAAUGCAACAAAUGCCUCAAGUUUUGAAGGAGUGUGCAAUUGGCAUGCUGACUGCAGGAAUGUCCACCAGAGCUGUUGCCAAAUAAUUGAAUGUUCCUUUCUCUACCAUAAGCCGCCUCCAACAUCGUUUUAGAAAAUUCGGUAGUACGUCCAACCAGCCGCACAACAACAGACCGCGUGUAAACACACCAGCUCAGGACCUCCACAUCUGGCUUCUUCACUUGGUGGAUCAUCUGACACCAGCCACCCGGACAGCUGAUGAAAAUUAGGAGUAUUUCUGUCUGUAAUAAAGCCCUUUUGUGGGGGAAAACUAAUUCUGAUUGGCUUAGCCUGGCUCCCCAGUUGUGCCCAUCCAUGUGAAAUCCAUAGAUUAGGGCCUAAUGAAUUGAUUUCAAUUGACUGAUUUCCUUAUAUGAACUGUAACUCAGUAAAAUCUUUAAAAUUGUUGCAUGUUGCAUUUAUGUUUUUGUGCAGUAUCGUUUUAAUGAGCCCCGGAUGAGACAAGAGACAGUUGCCAUAGCGAUGCAUCUCUACUUCCCUCUCAAGGAUGCAGUGUUUCUCGUUCCCAGUGCAGUACACCUUUUUAUCUCUCCCUAAACUCCCCAGCAAAACUGGCUAACACACACACACAGCUUUCUCACAAAAUGCUGGGUACAUUUCCAUGCACAGGCAUCCACAAUGUCCAAAUGGAUUAUGCCCUUUAUGUAGCCUCUUUACAUGUGGACAUCACACAUUAGCCAAUACUCUUGUAUAAAUAAUUAAGAGAUUUUAUAAGUUGAAUGAUACUCUUCAUCUAUUAGCAUUAGCCUGCUCUACUCCAGAGAGCAAGUAUAGUCAUCUUCUGCUUUUACUGUCUGUAAAAGGGCACAGGGUGAGACCCAGAUGCAGACACGGGAGGCAGAUGGUUUGAGUCUCUGAUGUUAAUUAUAAUCCAAGGGGCAGGCAAGGGUAUGGUCGUGGAUAGGCAAAAUAUCAUAACACGGUCAGAGUCCAGGAGGUACAGGGUGGCAGGCAGGCAGGCUUGAGGUCAGGGCAGGCAGUAUGGUCAGGCAGGCGGGUUCAGAGUCAAAUCAGUCAAGUGUCAAAACCGGGAGGACGAGCAACAACAGAGAAAAUGGAAAAAGCAGGAGCACAGAAAUAACAUGCUGGUUGACUUGACAAA